CAAAAUAUCCAGUUCAUAUUAGACAGCAACGCCAAAGCGCUAACACGAGAAUCCCCGACGUUGUCUGAUAAAUAUCAGACUUAAAGACAACGGGAAUAUUAUCCUGCAUUAGUUACUAAAAUGCGCGACGAAUCUAUGAGUAUGAAUUUUGCAACACAAGACGCGAGGGAAAAUUCUCCUCAAAUAAAGACAUUGCCGACGACGACAAAGACGACGACGAUUAAUACUAGUGUGUUGGCUUCGUCGUCAACAGAUAGAUACAGUGAGGGAAUCGAGCUAUCGAACGCCUGUCGGGAGUGGUAUUACAGCCGACGGGAAAGGGUAGAAGCGGCCAAGGAGAGGACGGCCGACGCCGGCAAAAAUACUAGACCAAGCACAAAAAUAGUGUCAGCUAUGGACAUGCUCCGAAAAGAAAUGGCCUCUCUGAUGGACCUCGACCUGUCCUUGAUGAAGCAGCUCCUUACAAUGAACGAGGCAAUCGAGGACAUCAAAAGCCAGUCAACUUUUCGGUCAAGACCCUCUAGUCUCGCCUCGUCUGGUGAUUUGAGCGCCUCUGAUUGGUCGGUCUCGGAAACGGACAUGUACUUGUCGUCAAAUGACAUCUGUGCAAAGCCAAUCGAAUGCUGCAAAACGACGACAUCUGGCUUGUGCAACAGUAGGCAUUUCUUUCAAGAAAAGUUCUCCAGUUCUUCGGUGUCAGACCUAUGUAAUAGUCACAUGGCAUUGAUCGGCGUCUAUCAAGAACAAAAUUCAUUUGACUCGGGUAUUUUUCACGAUGCUUGAGUAACUGGUCACUGUUGUUAAAUACUUCCAUUUUUAAAUAGUCAGUACAUUUGAAUGAUUAUGGGAAUCUCUUCUUUAAGAUGAUUUACAUCCAUACGCUAAAAUACGUGCUUUGUGUGAUCAUGAAGGCAUGUACAAAUUUCGCCAUUUUCGACGCAGUGCAAAGUAUUGCAUGAAGAAAUAUCUCGACAAAUCUAUCAAACGAUAGAUGCGAUAUUACAGCGCCGAUCAUACAUAGUCAUGAUUCGUGUUUUAUAUAACAUCGUUACCAAUUUGAAGGCAUAGCAUAUGACACACGAACCAGCAUUAGUUAUUCAUUGACGAUGUUUAACUUGCGGCGGUCUUGAAAUAAUGAAAUUUGCCGAUGUUGUGAGACGUGAAUGUGUUGCAUGUGAUUUUAAGAAUAACAUAUAAAAAAUACACCGUUCUGAGAAACAACAGCUAAACAUGUUACUAGCGUCCUUGCUGUGAAGUUGGUGUGUGUUACAACAUGACAGUUGUUUAGUGUUCGUUUAAACCCAUUAAUGCCUAGCGUCUAGAAAAAAGGCCUUGGCAAACAGCGUAGACACAGGUGAGACGCCGCAUGAUGCGGCGUCUCAUCAGGGUCUGCGCUGUUUGCUUAAAAGAAUUUCCGUACGAAGAAAUAUUUUAAAUAUAGAAAUAGAUAUACUAGACAUCCCUAAUUUUGGAAAUGAAUUGAUCCAAUUAAGAAGGAUGGUAGAGUCCACUAAGCAUAUAUGAGUUAAAGAUCCGAGUCUAUCAACGAGAGAGUCAAUCAUUAAUUACACCACUCCAGUUUUUUUGCCAGUUAUAUCGACAAAUCUAUCACGUUGAUAGAUGCUCCAAUAUAUUAUAACGGAACAAAAAUCGUUUGAUCCUCGUUUUCAAAAUUCACAGGCCGCUAAUACAACACAGGUGAGCGAUAUGUGUUAUUGUGGUCGCCCAGUGUCCGUCUCAUUAUCAACUCUUCAUGUAUAGUAUUAUAGCUUACGCAAACGAGUCAAUCAGUCGGUAGUCGGUCGGUAAGUCUUAAAAAAUAUACAUUUCUUAAAAGAUAAAACUGAUACUUCACAUUUGUCAACGCCAUGUUACAAGAUAUGCAAGGCAAUUUGUUUUCAUACCCAUUGAUUUCUGAGUUGUUUGCCCUUGAAAAUAACUAACAAUGCUCUAGUAAAUUAAAUGUGAAGUAUUAAA